UUCGCCAGCUUCACAUGGAAUUCUUGAGAGCGGGAUCAAAUGUCAUGCAGACCUUUACCUUUUCUGCCAGUGAGGACAAUAUGGAAAGUAAGUGGGAAGAUAUAAAUGCCGCUGCCUGUGACCUUGCCAGGGAAGUGGCUGGAAAAGGCGAUGCUUUGGUAGCAGGGGGAAUCUGCCAGACAUCAGUGUACCAACACCAUAAGGAUGAAGCUAGAAUUAAAAAAAUUUUUCGACUGCAGCUAGAGGUUUUUGCCAGGAAAAAUGUGGACUUUGUAAUUGCAGAGUAUUUUGAGCAUGCUGAAGAAGCUGUGUGGGCUGUGGAAGUCUUAAAGGAAGCCGGUAAACCCGUGGCAGCUACCAUGUGCAUAGGCCCAGAGGGAGACAUGCAUGAUGUAACACCCGGAGAAUGUGCGGUUAAACUGGUAAUGGCAGGGGCUUCAAUCGUUGGUGUGAACUGCCGAUUUGGACCCAGAAUCAGCUUGAAGACGAUGAAGCUCAUGAAGGAGGGUCUUCAGGCUGCAGGGUUGAAAGCACACCUGAUGGUGCAGUCCCUGGGAUUCCACACACCUGACUGUGGCAAAGGAGGGUUUGUGGAUCUCCCAGAAUACCCCUUUGGAUUGGAGCCCAGAGUUGCAACCAGAUGGGAUAUUCAAAAGUAUGCCAGGGAGGCCUAUGACCUGGGUGUCAGGUACAUUGGCGGUUGCUGUGGGUUUGAGCCCUACCACAUCAGGGCAAUUGCAGAGGAGCUGGCCCCAGAAAGGGGAUUUUUGCCACCAGCUUCUGAAAAACAUGGCAACUGGGGAUGUGGUUUGGACAUGCACACCAAACCCUGGAUUAGAGCAAGGGCUAGAAGGGAACAUUGGGAAAAUCUGCUGCCGGCUUCAGGCAGACCAUUCUGUCCUUCGCUGUCAAAGCCAGAUGCCUAA